GUUCGGUUUCGAGAUUUGGCUGUUCUGGAAGCUGCUUGGACUUGAAUGACUAAGGCGGAGGGGGGCUGAGCUCUUUCUUCGGCUCCAGAUCUACCCCACCCCGAACUGGCCGCAAACUAAUUACGAUUUUCCUAUAUCGCAAGGGAAGCGAGUAAAUUCUUCUCUCGGCUAUCCUUACCUUUUAAAGAAACUGAACUUGACAGACUCCUUCCUACGUGUGACUUUAGUGAAGAGGGAGAAACAAAAAGGAUUACGAAAUUGCCUGGUCUGCUCCUGCCAAACGUCCACCCCAGCCUCGCACCCGCUCCUGGCACGGGGCGAGGCCCCCCCUAUGCCCCCAGUUUUUCCCUAAUAACUUUGUUUGGGGUUAAGAUUUCACAAAUAAAUAGUCACGCUUUAGAAAUGAAUAAGAAAAGUACGAGCUGGGAACUUCCUGUGUCCCACACGUUUUCCCACUACAGUAACAGACCCACUGUGUAUCAAAAAUCAGGUGAAACACUUGUUCGUAGUAUUUUAAAUUCACCUUGUACUCGAGUUCACGGGUUUGUUUUUUUUUGUCGAAGGCAUUUCCUUUCCUAUGACUUUAAAUCUAGGCUUUCUGAUGACUUCGACCUGCGUAUAAUAACUAUUUAGUGCAUUACAGCAGACCUGUUUGUUUAAUCGUAUUUGAUAGCUUUGUAGAAUAUGAUAUGGCCAUAAAUAAUUUAUACAGUUUCAACUUGUAGGGAUUCUUAGUAUGAAGUACUGAUUUUCGAGAUUUUGAGUUAGGGUUCUUGUUUGCGGAUGUAUUCAUUUUCGCUAAAAGAAGUUUGGGAAGUUGUUGACCUCGGAAGAUGAAAGAACUGGUUAUAUUUGGUAGAACAACUCCCCGCCCUCUGCCAAGACUGCAAAAAUGAGAUAGCGACUGUAGUGCGACACAAAAAUAGCGUGUCGAGAAAAUGCUACCUUCUGAAAUAAAUGAUAGAGGAAUGUAAAGGAACCCAAAAAAACGAUGAAGAACACUCUAAUACGGAUUGUGGGAAGCAUUAAAAUGGGAGAGUCUAUUUUUAUUUUCAAGAUACUUGGAGGAGUUUGAUUUUAUAUUGGAUCAAAUGUGGAUGUGAAGAGCAAAACUAUUUUAGAACUUACGCUCUUGGUCACCACAGUGAACAACCUCUUCAGAAUAGUUAGAUUGACAAUAAACAUCAAGAAGAAACUUGACCGAGAAGACUCCUUUAUAGCACAAAUGAGCCUUCCAGAGGUUUGGUAAUGGAUUUUUAAAUUGUGAAUCUUUUCAACUUAAUGUAUUUGACCAGAGGAGGCCUGAAGCUGUUUUUUUAUUUUCAGAGAACAAAAGGAAGAAAAACAUUUCCCGACACAAAAAAAAAAAAAACCACUGAAAAAAGGAAUUCCAGAAAUACUUAUAUCUUGUUAUAUAUUUUGAAAUACGGAAAACUCUGGAAGUCUGUUUGCAAAGUAUUGGAGUUCCAAAAUGAGAGCUUUUGUGUCUCUUGCUGACAAAGUUUAAGGACUGUGUUGGAACUGUUCUUCACUCUCUUCUUCUAAAGAAAAGCAAAUAAAAUAUAAUCUGUGAUCCUAAAUGGUCUCUGGAAGAAGCCUGCUAUCCCUUUAAGCUUUUCUGCUUUUCCUGUUUACGUUGGCAAAUGGGUGGAAGUAUUGUGGAGGCAGAAAACUUUUUGGAAUGUUGAAAAAAAAGUUUCAUGCAAAUCUAGUAAAUUACUUCAAGACUUCAGAAUUUGAACACUAAGGGGCGCCAGUUAUUUUUUUUUCUGAGGCGUGAGUCCGCGAGCACCACUAUUGACUCGGGCAGUAAAAUUAUCAAAUCUGGUAGAAGACGCCAAAGAAUGACAAAAUACUUGUGGAUUUGUGCAGAAAUUAGCAGAGUACGGAAAGACAUGUAUAACGACACAUUAAAUGGUAGUACGGAGAAGAGAAGUGCAGAAUUACCAGAUGCUGUGGGACCUAUUGUGCAGUUACAAGAGAAACUAUAUGUGCCUGUAAAAGAAUAUCCAGAUUUUAACUUUGUUGGAAGAAUCCUUGGGCCCAGAGGACUAACAGCUAAACAGCUUGAGGCAGAAACAGGAUGCAAGAUAAUGGUCCGAGGGAAGGGCUCAAUGAGGGACAAAAAGAAGGAAGAACAGAAUCGAGGCAAGCCCAACUGGGAACACCUGAAUGAAGAUUUACAUGUACUUAUCACUGUGGAGGAUGCUCAAAACAGAGCAGAAAUAAAGCUGAAGAGGGCUGUUGAAGAAGUAAAAAAGUUACUGAUACCUGCAGCAGAAGGAGAAGACAGCCUUAAAAAGAUGCAGCUGAUGGAGCUUGCAAUUCUGAAUGGCACCUACAGAGAUGCCAACAUCAAAUCACCAGCCCUUGCCUUUUCUCUUGCAGCAACAGCCCAGGCUCCAAGGAUUAUUACUGGGCCUGCGCCUGUUCUCCCACCAGCUGCCCUGCGUACUCCUACGCCAGCUGGCCCUACCAUAAUGCCUUUGAUCAGACAAAUACAAACCGCUGUCAUGCCAAACGGAACUCCUCAUCCCACCGCUGCAAUAGUUCCACCCGGACCCGAGGCCGGUUUAAUUUACACACCAUACGAAUACCCCUACACGCUGGCACCAGCUACAUCAAUCCUUGAGUACCCUAUUGAACCUAGUGGUGUAUUAGGUGCGGUGGCUACUAAAGUUCGAAGGCACGAUAUGCGUGUCCAUCCUUACCAAAGGAUUGUGACCGCAGACCGAGCCGCCACCGGCAACUAACCUAUGACCUUCUGACCUCUGAACUCUUCACCCAAUGAUGACCUGACCAUGCCUGCCUGCUGAUCAGUUAACUGGUAAACGCCUUUGCUUGCCUGUCUUCAGUGCAGCGAGCUGGGGCACUUGUCCGUUCGUCUUACCAUCUAACAAAACAGACAAAGAAAUUGUUGUCCUCCAACUCCACUUUUUGUUGUUCUCCUGUUUGGGUGAAAGUGGUUCUAGAACCUGCACUGAAUAGUAGUAAAGCAAUAAGGUCCAACUCAUCCCUCCGCACUGAUCAUCCUCUAGUGUCCUGCCCCAAGCGAACGGUAAGGAGGCCUCGCCCGAGAUGGAGACAGAUGUCCCUUAACUACCCGAUGACAGAGGCAGUUACUGUGAGAGACUUCUAGGAAUAUUUUUCUUCUCAGAAAAAAAAAAAAAAAAAGUCAAAGCUCUCUCUGAAUGUACUGUGUGAUGAUGCAUCAUGCAUGAACCUUUGGUCAGGGAUGUCAUUGGGGAAGGGAUUCCAAAAAGUAUUCAAAAUUUGAUAUGCUGUUUAGUCACUACCAGUGCCCUCAAAGGGCAGAUGUUGCAGCCUUUUUUCUAUUGCCUGCCAAAUUGGACGUUUUAAAGGAAAGUGUGCCAUGAAAUGCAGAUUACGAUGACUUUUCAGAACUACAUUAAUGCAGAGAACAAAACAGCAACACUAUUAAAGCAAAAUAAGGUUUAAAUUGUUUUAACCAUAUUUUAAUCUCCUUGGAAGAUUACAUGAGAACAAGGUACAUGCAUUAUGUGUCACAUUACUGGGCAAACUGUUCAAAUAUUUUUUUUAAACCUCCCUGUAUAGAAAAAAUUUCAUUAAGGAUGUAAAAGCCAUGCUUGCCUAUUUGCUGUAUACAUGUAAUGAAGUGUAGAUAAAGUGUAGUGCAUUGAAACAAAAUGAACAAAAAAGUAGAUACUUUUACUAUACAAGGGUGCUGGUGCAGAAAAAAAAUAUAUUUUUGGAAAUGUAGCAUUUUAUACUUUCAAGUGUUAUAAAAAAAAAGAAAAAAAGAACAAAGAAACCCUUUAUUUCAUUAAAUGAUUUUUUCUGGUGGUUGUCAAGAAACAAAAGACCAAAAGAGCCUUUUAGUCUUUCUUUUUUAUUUUUUAAGUAUUGGAAUAAGUCUAAAGAAAAGGAAGUGCCUUAUUUUCUUCAUGGUCAUUUAGUCAAAUGUCUUGUAUAAUCAGCUUCUCCCUCAGACAAGUUACUGCAUGCCACUCAGUCGCCCAGUAUGUGAAAGAAGCUGUGAGGGAAGACAAAUGAUGAGUUGACCAUAUUAAUUACCUGAUUUUUGCCAUACUAGUGUAAUGUGACUUUGCCAAAAUCUCAUUAAGUAUUUGCUAAGUUUUCAUCAAACCAGCCACUCCACUUUUUAAAUCAUAGCAAAUGCUGUACUUGUGCAACGUAAACCAAAGGGUUCUGUGAUAUACACAGUCUCAUGCUAAAGGAGAUUAUUAGCUGACAAAUGUUUGUAGAGCUGGAAGUUACAUCUUUUUUGUUCAGGGAUGGAGAGGAGAUUCUGGUUGAAAUAAAUAUUACAUCAAAUGUAGGAGUCUUCAGCAUCACCCAGAAAAUGGAUGUUCUGCAGAUAAUGAAACUGAAAGUGCUUAGCAAGUUUUCAGUCAGUGACGGAGCACAUCCCGAGUUUCCAGGAACAGCUCCUGCAGUGGCAAACAGCAUGGAAGUUACUUACUUUUCAGCUCAUCUUUGAAUAUUUUUAGAUCUGGCCCAUUGGCUUUUCUUGAAAAGAUAAGCAGGAGAGGAACUUCAGCCAUUUGAAGUCCAGAUAUACCUUAUUUUUAACCCUUGUUUCUGAUGAGGUUCGAAUAGCUGGGCAAUUGCAAGAGCUGAAGCUGUUCAACGCACAGUAUUUAAUUCUGAUAACAUUAAUUGUUACAUUGUGGGGCUCAGUACUAAACUUGGCAAAUAUCAGGUGAUAACUUUACUCCCCUCUUGUCAACUUAUUCUCCUCCUGCAAAUCUUCACAGCUUCCAAAUGAAAGGUCAAUAGUAAGCUAAGAGGGCUUACAUUUUUAAGCACCUGCAUGGUGACCUCAUCUAACAUCUUGUCUCACCUGGAAAUAAUUAUCAGUUUAUUUACUAUGCAAUAGACAUUCAUCCUUUCGUACUCAGCUAGAUUUUUGUUUAUUGUGCCACCAGCUUUGUCUUCCUGUUACACAUACAGUUGUGUUGAUUUUAUUUACAGUAUAUGCUGUGCCAUUUUGAUUUUAUUUUGGUUGGUUGGUUGAAUAAACUUGCGACACUCAAACAUUUGAAGAGAGAUUUGCUAAAACAAUACCAGUAUUUGAUCCAGUUUCAUCUCAACUAUGAUAAAACCUGGACAUUUUAGACAUUUAUCAAAGGUCUUUUUCUGGUGGGGGAGGGGAAAUGUAUGGAAUAGAUGUGUGACAUGUGAAAGUAAUGUUUGCUCUGAACAAACUUCUGAAAACUUAGUUGACAAAAUUUUGGAUCAGCUUAAAAAAAAAGCAUGACUUUUGAAAUCUCUGAAUGCCUUGGUUCUCAGUAUUAUCAUUCUUUAAUGACUUUUUCUUUAUUAAAAUAAGUAGUUUUAAGACUUCUUUCUGACAGUAUUAUGUAAUUUUUUUUAGAGUGGGUAGAUGGGAGUGUCGCUUGUAUGUAACCGUACAGAUGACAUGUAUUUGUCUAUUCUUUAUUAUCUUAGUAGUUUCAUGCUAUGUAUGUACCAUAACCAACCUAUUGCCUAUGAGAAACAUGUAAGAUAAUGUAUUUACAGCCAUUGUUACAAGUUUAUAAUGUAUUUUUCUAUCUUGUUUUAUAUGUAUGUUAUAUAACAUUCAAAAGAAUUUUUUUCCUGAUUGAGAAAAAAGGAUACAAAAUGCAAAACCCACAAUUUUGAUAACUGAAAAAUUGCCAAUUGUUUUGCAGUACUUUAUUAUAUUGGGAGUGUUGUCUUUCUUGGGCUUUUAGUUAGCUACUGGAUGAAUACAUUAGACAUAUUUGGGUUUUAGUUGGGUUUUUACAUAGCUUGCAUUUUAAUUCUUUGGUUCUUUGCUGUUUCUAUUAACCCAUAGCAUUAUUUUAAUAAAUGUUAUAAUACCAACCUACUAACUCUGGAUUAUGUCUGUUUAUUAACCAUUACAUGUUUAAUUAAAAUAAACAAAUAAAGACGGAAGAAUGUAAAGUCAAGUUACUGGACUAACCCUGAAGAACGUGACCACAGAUAACACAACGUGACUUGUUUUUAUGUUGUUUGUCAGCUGACAUUCUGCACACUACUAUUAAGUUGGCUUUGGCCAUUCUGGCCUUUUACCUUGGGGAAUAGGUGCCAGUAGAAAUGGGAACAAAGUAGCGUUUUUUGAGGCAUUCUUCUUGUAGAGUCUUGCCACUUGCCUUUCAGCAUCUGCAUUACUAAUUCCACACUUUCUUUUUCUUUCUCUAAAAUAAUUACUGUUGUCUCACAGCAGAAGAAGAAAAGAUGCCAGUGUAUUGGUAAAUCGUGAGGGUGUACAGAAACCAGUUUGAUUCUUUGUUGAACCAUUCAGCGGUUGCAGUUAAUCGCACAUUAAGUUGUGAUUUGUUGAUUUUGGCACCUGAUUCACUGUUGCAUCGUGUGACAUUUCUAAGCACAAAAUAUUUCUGGAUAGAAUUCCUGUACAUUGAAACACAAAACCUGGGGGUUUCCUUUGGCAAAAGUGCCUUGUUUAUACCACACUGUUUCAAAUAACUUUAUUUUUGGUACUUCUGCUGUAGUCUAUCAGUAUUGCCUAGCUCAGGGGAGUACAACUUCUGUAAGCCAAAGGUCAAACUGGAUCUUUUCCUAGUGACUGCAGAAAGUACAAAAAUACACCUUUCACUAAAUUACCGAGCAACAUCCAUUUCAAAUUCCAGAGCUGCCUUUAUAUGAUCUUUAUCCCUGUGGAUGACUGGAGCAACAUGAAUGCAGGGAAUUGAAAUGGUGAAAAUGCUGUUUUGAAUGUACAUCUAUGCAAUAUUUUUACAGAUACACAUCCCUUUUCUUAGAAAUACACUGUCUGAGGCUCCUUUACAUUUCCCAGGUAGUUCUAGAUUUGUAACCUUAAGUGGGCAGUAAUUGCCACUAAGGUUGAGGGAGAUCCUCAAUGUAGAUAACUUUUCAGAUGUCAACAGUUUUCUUCCUGAAAGUCCAUUUUUUUCCUGUAGAUAGUAAAACGUCAGAUGAGGAAUCGGAAUCUAUUCAAAUUCCUCCUUUAAUUUAUGAUGUUUCAAACUAUUUAUCUUGAAAUACAUGCAAUAUAAAACUUUAUAAAUAAGAGUUCUCACAGUAUUGCUAGUAAUUAAAAUUUUAUGCAUUCUUAUUUUAUGGAGAAAAAUAGUCUAGCUUUGAUGAUGUUUGUGAGUUUCCUAAUGGCAUAUAGUUCUACAAAAAAUUUAGGUAGAGAUAAAAUACUAAUUCAUUUUGAAUAGUUUCAUUUGUGCAGUUUUCUUUUUUAAUUUAACAGAUGAUGUUGCUAUCCUAAAACUCAGCCACAGGCAGAUGAUAAGAAUAUUAGAUAUUUACAACAGAUAAUAUCAGGACCUCUUGACUGCCUACUGGAACAAGUGUCAUUACAGAGCAAAUAAUUUAUAUUCUUAAAGAAUUUUACCAGAGAAGCACAUGUAGUUUGACUCUGUCCAGUGUAGGUGAAACUAUUCAGAUGGAACAAAACUUUAAUGUUUUAUAUUGAAGAAUACUUCUAUUUCCAGAACUACUUCUUUUCUGUAAUAUUUUUAUUACUUUGUGUUUUUAUCAAUAGAUGUUAACUACUGUUAUACUUUGUCCACAGUGCAUUUUCAUCUCAUUCUUCACUAUAUGCAGUUGUCGAAGUUGCUGUAAAUUUUGUAGUACUUUAAAGCUGAAGGACAGAAAAAAAUGGAAAACUCUAAAAUCAAAAUAAUAUAUUCAUUAUUGUUGCCCACCAAAGGCAUUUCUCAAUUUACCUGAGUGCCUGUCUGAAAAUUUAACUAUUUUAUACUUUGCCUGCUUACAGGAAAGAUACAAGCUGUUUUUAGAACCGAAUUUGAGGAUGACUUCAGUAUUCCUAAAUAACUGAAGUUAGCUUCUUUGUCUGUCUUAUUAUUUUGAGGUAAAAUUGUCUUAAUGUUUGAAAGAUCAUACAUUUAAGACAAUCAGAUAAUUCCUCUUUGAUCCAAUAAAGUGGAAUUUAUCUUAGGGUAAUUUUUUUUUUUUUUUUUGUAGGUGAGAACAUAAACAAAAAUACCAUCUAGCCUUUCAAAGUAAAAUCUGAGCACUGCUGUUCACAUCUUAAGUGUUGUUCCAAAGUGCAAUAAAUUUGAUUUCUCCAAGAAUAUUUUUUUCAUAUUAUAAAGUGCCUUCAAAAACAUCCUUCAGAUAUUUUUAAUGAGCAUAUGUUCAGUGUACUAAUACUGAUCUUUUAUUUCAACAUACCUUUUAAAAGUAUUUCUAAAAUCUACAUGUAGCAAAAGGUUUAUUGCCAGACUGUACUCCAUGAGGGGGACCACUAAAAGGUUUUCUGCCCUGAAAAUGCAGGGAAACAUUGAAAUGUGUUACCAUCCAUUAGGAAAUUAACUUGAGGGAAACAUACUUAUGAGUAUAAGAAGCUGACUUUGUGUAUAAAAAUACCAGGUAUCCGAAAUAGCACAUUGUACAGAAUGGAAUCUGAGUAACACAUUCCUAGGGCUGGAAGUACAUAAUUGUUCCCGGAAUUUCUGUUUUGUUUUAAUAUGUUUGAUAUCUUUUUCUAGAACACGGUUAAUGGAAUACUGUCCAAAUAACAGAUGACCCAUAACAUUAACAUGUGGUAAUCAAUGUUGAAUCAAACUGGUUAAUAAAAGUACAGUGCUCUUCCUUCUCUGUGCCUGCUCACUAAUUGCAGGUGGUGCAUAGGGGCUGGGGCUUAGGCACAGCAGGCUGCAGUCCUAAUUUCUUGGUGCCUGCAGUUCAGGUGUCCAUCUUUGACAACAGACUGUCUGGGAGGAGACUGCCUCCCAAGGCAAAGGUUAACUGAGAUCUGAAACUCUCAGCAGAAUUAAUUGAAAAUACAGCAACAAUAAAGCGACAUAUAUACAUAUAUGCUUUGACUUGUAUUAUGGCAGUUUGUGUGAAACAUUUAAGGUUUUGUUUGUGCAAAAUAAUGUAUUCUGAGGGGAAAAGCAAACAUGGACGUUGCCAAAACACAUGUAAAUAAACACCAUUUAUGACUGUACAUUAUGUGCAAUAAAGUAACUGGAGAAGGUGUAUGUACUUUAUCCUCAAAAGAAAACUGACAGCUCUCAAAGCUAUAGUUAUAGUUUUACUUUCUGAAAAGUUAAAUUUUAUUCUGUAUCUAAACCGCAGAAUAAAGAAUGUACAUUUUUCACACUUAAAUUUUCAUUAAUGGUUCUAGCAGUGUUACAAAAGAUGUUAAUUGUUGAAGAGGCUUAAACUUUCACGGUUGUCCAAUUUUCAGGGUAUAUUGUGCUUAACAGUUUCUUAUUGCAUAUGCUGUUGUUUGUGACUGUAAAUGAAGGAAGUAUGCAUUAUAUAUCAUAAACAUGCAAUACACUUUUUGCAUAUGGGUUUGUGGAGGCAUCAGUUCUAUAAAUUUCACAAGAUAACCACAUGAUUUUGGGGAUAUUGUACUUUUGUAGCAUAACUGUUACAAUUGUUAUGUUCAGGACAAAUAAGAAAGAGAAGUCCAACUUUACUGUAACUUUAAGACACUGGUUUGGGGUAUAGUUUCUGAUAACUAGAAAAUAAAGAUGUCUGCCAUCCCA